AAGAGGAAUCGCAGAGCGGGGAGGUGACGAUGGAGGGACGCGAAGGAGAUGAGGUGGGAAAGGAAGAAGAAGAAGAGGAGAAAGAUGAUGAAGAUGAUGAAAUGGAAAAGCCUGUAGAAGUGAGAGAAAAAGUGGAAGAAAGGGUAGGAAAGGGGGAGGUGGAGGAGGAGAGAGAGGGAAGAGAGGAAAGGCGGGUGUUAGAAAAGGAGGUGGACAAAGAGAAAAGAGAUGAAAUUGAUGAAGAAAAGACUCACAUCGAGGCAGAGGAAGGAGGAAGGGAAGAGGAUACGUUUGAGGAGGAAGGGGAGGAGAAGGAGGCAGAUGUAGGCAGUUUAAAAGAGGAGGAUGAGGAUGAGCACAAACUCAUGUCAACAGUUGAGGAGGAAGAGACAGAAAGACAGGAUGAAGAAGUGGAAGAAGAAGAAAAGGCGCCCAGGGAAGAAAUAGAGGCUCGGGAGGAAGAGGAGGAGGAGGCGAUUAUGGGGGAUGGAUGGAUACAUGGAGGAGAUGAGGUCAGCGAUGAUGAAGAGGCUGAAGAACAGAGUGAUGAAGGGAUGGAGGAAAGAGAGGAGGACCCAGCAAAGAAAGAAGAGGGAGAAGAAGGAAGAAAUGAAGGGGGGUUUGAGAAAAAAGGACAUGAAAGAAAGACGAAGGCCUUCAGAGCGAAGGUAGAAAAUGUAGAAAAAGAAAUAAAGACCAUAGGAGACCAUUUGGAAACUGUAGAAGACGAAGAAAAGAUGGAGGCCUUGGGAGAUCAGGUAGAAAAAGUAGAAGAAAAAAAGAUGGAGGCCUUAGGAGACAAUUUGGAAAAUAAUGAAGAAGAAGAAAUGAUGGAGGCAUUGGGAGACAAGGUAGAAAAUGUAGAAGAAGAAAAGAUGGAGGCCUUAAGAGACCAUUUGGAGAAUGUAGAAGAAGAAGUAGAAGAAAAGAUGGAGGCCUUGGGAGACAAGGUAGAAAAUGUAGAAGACGAAAAGAUAGACAGCCUAGGAGACAUUUUGGAAAAUGUAGAAGAAGAAAAGAUGGAGGCCUUAGGACACAAUGUAGAAAAUGUAGAAAAAGAUAAGAUGGACGCCCAAGGAGACAUUUUGGAAAAUGUAGAAGAAGAAGAAGAAGAAGAAAAGAUGGAGGCCUUAGGAGAGAAAGUCGAAAAUGUAGAAGAAGAAAAAGAGAUGCCAGAUACGGGAAAUAAGAAGAUGGAGAAAGAAGAAGAAGAACUACAGACUGUGUUCAAAGAAGAAGAGACGGAGACCUUGGAACACCAAGUAGAACAUGAAGAAGAAGAAGAAGAGACUGUGGAACCCAAAUACGAGCCAGAACACCAGAUCGAUCCACCAGAUUCCCAGAAAUCAUCUGCCUCAGCGCCUCCACCUGCCUCUGAAUGUGCAAAAAUGCUGAGUCAUACCGCAGGAAAAGAACCCUGCAGAGAAACCACAGAAGAAGAGCAGAGCUCAGCCGCUGCCAAAGCCCUCAACAAUGACCGUCCUCCAACAGCAGCGAGCGGAGACAAAGAGACGGAGGGACGGCAGAAUGUGACGGACACAAAGUCUGUGGACGCCUGUCUGGACCUGAGGGAGGAGGAGAGAAGGAGUUUGGAUGAGCGACUUGACGCAACGCCGCUGACAUCACUUCCUGUCUCUGGACAUGAAGGAGAACCUGCAGGUGACCCCCAGGACACGACACCUGAGCCACACACAGGUUGCAGGUCGGAGGCGAAGGCGUCGCCGAUGGACGCCGCCGGCGAGUCGCAGAGAGGAAGCAAAGAUGCGAGUCCGACCGUGAACUCGUCCGCCACCGGAAAGGAGGACAAAGACCUGAGAAGUCCGAACUCUCUCGACACAAACAGCGAGACGGACGGGAAGAAGAACGGCAGCCAUCAGUCCUCCAAGUACCAAACCGUGUCCUUCAGGAAGAUCCGCAGAGGAAACACCCGACAGAGGAUCGAUGAGUUUGAGGCCCUGAUGGACGCGUGAUGAGAGCCCUGAAUACUGUCUGUUGGUUCUUUCGUGUUUUUGUGCUUGAAUAUGACGAUCUCUAGUGGCAGUAGGCCCUGGAAAGAGCCUAGUGGUACACCAACCUGUAAUGUAAUGUAAACGUUCAUGAUAAUUAAACCAGACAGAGUAAAUAUGAGAUUGUAAUAAGCUGACAUACUCCACGUUGAAAUAUUUAAAAUACAUGACUGAUGGUAUUUUUAUAAACAGGCAUUAUACCCAUCUGACGAUACUAGAUGGAGAGAAAUCAUAACUAUCAGAAUGCUUAUUAAAUUAAACAACUUUCAUUUAAAAAUAUCCACAUAACUUGGAAAAAUAAAUGAUGAAAAAUAGGUCCAAGA